CUCCCUUUAAAAAGAUCCCACACCUUUUAACUCUUGUUUCCCAGAGAAAACAAACUAAGUAGCAGCGAAGAAGAAGAAGAAGAAGUACGAUGAGUCAACCUCCAGUUGGUGUUCCUCCUCAACAAGGUUAUCCACCCAAGGAUGCUUAUCCACCGGAAGGACCACCCAAGGACGCUUAUCCACCUCCGGGACAACCCUAUCCUCAGCAAGGAUACCCUCCUCAGGGCUAUCCUCAGCAAGGCUAUCCUCAGCAGGGUUAUCCUCCUCCUUAUCCACCACAGUACCCUCCGCCUCAGCAACAGCAGCAGCAGCACAGUCCUGGUAUGCUUGAAGGAUGUCUUGCUGCUCUGUGUUGUUGCUGUGUCUUGGACGCUUGCUUCUGAGUGCUGAGUGGAGAUGUCUCUUCCUUGAAGCUGGGAUAUUGGUUUACUGAUGAUGAUGAUGAUCUCAUAUUAUUAUGAAUCUCUUUCCUUCCUUUUAUUUUUCUUUAUUGCUGAACCCAUUCAUAGACUUGUUUCUUCUGCCUUGUUAAGUUUCUCUUAUUAUUAGAUUAUUUGGAUUUGUACAUGGUUGGGAGACCCAGUUUAUUGUUACAAAGUAUUGGCUUAUUAUAUACCGCUCCUUCUUUCUUCUU